UGGCAUUGAAGGGAAGCGGCCAUCCAGAUGUCUGAUGCGUGAGCUGUGUCGUGCUGCCUGUUGCUGAAGACAGCAUCGAAGACUUCACCAUGAGGCAAGCAUCGCAGGUCAAGGGCACCACCGACCGCCCCUCCCUCCGCAGCCCCAUCCGCAGCCCUCGCGAGCAGUUCCCCGAGGCCGUGCAUGUCCCCCGCAAACCUGACACCGACGCCCAGUCGUCGCACUCGAGCAGCGCGGCCUCCCCGCAGACCCUCACUGGCAGCUCGGUGCGACUCAUGGAGAAGAUCCGCCACCUCACCAAGGAGAAUGAGGAGCUCUUCUCGCGGGUCGAGGAGCUCAGCCGCGAGAAGGAGAGCCUGCAGUCGGAGGUCGUGCAGACCAAGGACCUGCUGGAUGUCAAGGGCCUGGUGACCAGCCAGAAAGACAUCGAGAUAGAGUCCCUCCAGGAGCAGCUCAAGCUGGCGCAGCAGAUGGUCGACGAGCUGUCCAAGCGGGGCGGCGGGGGGCUGUCGUCGAUCUUCGGAGCGGGUGGCGGGAAGCCUCAGGAGAAGGUGGACACGGCCCAGCUGAUAGUGGAGGUCAAACAGAAGGAGCAGUACAUCAAGAACGUCAUGGCGACACUCGAGAUGAAGGACAAGAUGGUGCAGGACCUGCGCCACAAGCUUGACCGGCUGGUCGAGGACAGCGACCGGGAGGGCAGCAUGCUUAGGCGGGAUCUGAAGGACAAGGAGAGGGAGAUACGGCGGCUCGAGAACCACUCCAGCGACACCUGUGCCGAGAACGCCACACUCAUCAAGGAGAAGAACCGACUGGGCAACCGACUCGACGAGGUGACCGAGGAGAACGAGCGCCUCCAGGACGAGAUCAAGACUUGCCGCGAGCACCUGUCGGCGAGCGACGCUCGGGUGAUCGAGCUGGAGUCGGCCCUGGCGAGCAAGCAGUCCGACAACAUCCGGCUGGCGGAGAAGCUGCUGGAGCUGCAGAAGACCUGUGACUACUACGAGACGACUGUGCGGGUGUUCGCGUGCACUCAGAUCCUGGGGUACGGCAACAUCCCGGUGACGCUGAUGGUGCAGCACAGCGUCCAGACCGGCAGCAUCUCCCUCACCAUCAGCCGAUGGGGCUUCACCCAGAUCGUGGACUUCAGCCAGGUCACCACGGUGUCGCAGCUGAGCGCCACGGCCAAGCGGCUGCGCGUGCAGACCAAGCCGCUCGGCACUCUCACGUUCGAAAUGAAGGACCCAAAGGAGGUGAGUGAGAAUGUAAUGUAUCGGACACACACCUGCAGGCAGGACGGCAACACAACACAACACAACACGGGCACACUGCAUCUGUUUCAGGCCGGUGAGUGCGUGUCGGCCCUUCGCAAGUUCAUGAGUAAGCAGAAGACGCCAAGCCAUGACGACACACACGCACACACACACGUGAAUGCGCAUGGCCUGUCUCUUGAUCUAUCUCGUUUUGUUACUUAGAGUUGGCGGCGGAUCAGAUCGAGGACCGUGAGCGGCUGCAGGCGCAGCACUGCAUCGACGAGCUCGACACCUUCUUCGGCGUCUUCAAGGACGACGACGCCACACCAGAGCACAAGAAGAACAAGAAGGACAAAGACAAGGGCAUCGGGUCGUACGCUGAGGCGCUGUCGGUACGUAAGUAAGGGCUCUCUGUCUGAGAUCAGAUCAAAUCAUGCCAGAUCAUUGUGUGAAACCGGCGUGUUGUGUUGUGUUACCUCGCCAGGUGCUCGCUCAGGGUACUCCCUCAGCGAGCUCCUCGAGUGCGGCGGCUUCUGCCUCGGCGUCAGCAUCUGCAUCAGCUGCCGCCCCUCCAGAGAGCGUACGCCAACCACCGACAGACACAUAGAAAGACCCACACCCAGACUUGCACUUAUCAGUCAUGUGUGUCGUCCUGUCUCCGAUUCCCCGUCGUGCAGGCGAGCAGGUUUGACUCCCGGUCUGAGUCGGCGGGUUCGCACCGUCUGGGCCAGUCCAUCAUGGGCGACUUCUGGCACGCAUUCCGGCAGCUCGCAUCGGGCAGCAUCAGCGGCGCAGAACGGCACACACAACCCGAGCCGGCAGAGGCCGCCGCUCACGUCCCAUCGCCGACGGCGACCGAUGAGACGGUCCCCGACCAGCCGGCAGGGAGGGCGAGACGUGAGGAUCGCAGGGGUGGUGGUGGUGAUGGUGAUGAUGGUUGUCCGCCGCACCCGGUGGACAUCAUGCAGCACGCCGGCAAGGGCACAGGCACUUCGCCGCGCAGCGAUGUGUCGCACACCGACUCGGAGACGUCAGAAGUCGACAUCAACGUUAGCGACCCCCCUCGCGCCGCCCCGUCACCCAAGCCACUGUCACCUGCAGACGAGGAGCCAACUCGUCGUGUCACUCGAGCGGGCCUCCCCGCUCUCCGUGGCUCGCGCAAGGCCGCCGCGGCAGGUGGGUGGGGUGACGGCGAGCAGCAUCUGCAGGACGGCGCGAGUUCACCGACCAGCUCUGCCUCCCCAGUGCACCGCAACCUGCCCACGAGGGCAUCUCGCUUCAUGCAUCAGCAAGAGAGGGGUGCGCCAACAUCGACAACGCAGGAGGGCUCCUCCCCCAGUGUCCGCAGUUUGACGAGCAGCACGGUGGGGGAUGGGGCCACGGUCACGGUCACGGCCAGGGCGGCCGGCAGCGCACUGCUGCCGCCCCUUAAGAGCGUGCCCUUGCCCGAGACGGAGAUAGAGGUGGAUGUGGGCAGUGACGAGGAGGGUGAGGGUGAGGCUGAGGGUGAGGGCGAGGAAGGGGGGCAGGAGGAUAGGCAGGAGCAUGAGACGGGUGUCGCUGCCAACACUCUCAGGGAGAGUCAGAGGGAGGAGGAGGGGGAUAUGACCGUGAUAGCAUGUGGGGCCGGGGAGGGGGAGGGGGAGAGGCAGGCAGCCGGCGAGGAGGGAUGAGUGAGGCUUAGUCGGGUCGGCCGGGUCGGUGUUUCUCAAACAAUCCUCACGUGUCUGUGGGUGGACAUCAUCGUGUUUUUCGUGCCUUGCUUCCUUCCGUCCCUCCUUGCUUUAUGGGAUGGCUGCCUCGGCCGGCUUGUGUGUCAAGGAAACGGCGUGGUGUCUUCUCUUCUUGUUGUCUUCGCACCUAUGACGUACUAAGCGACUGAUGGAUGGAUGGAUGGAUUGCAUUGGAUGACCUACGGGGCGGGGCCUGGCUAGCUGUCACAAACAUCCUGGUUCUUACUCGCCGGUGGUGUCGAAGGUAGAUGU